AAAUAAAAAAUUUCCUCUCUCUCUAAAUCUCACUACCCUCUCUCUCUCACUUGUCUGUCUCUCUCUAAACUAGGGUAUUGGCAACCGUGGAGGUUUUGUGGUGACAGCGAUGGUGGAGUUUUUGUGGUGAUGGCGGCGGUGGAGUUUUGGUGGUGCGGCGACAGUGAAGUUUUGGUGGUGACGGCGAUGGUGAGUUGGUGGUGAAGACACUGCGAUGCAUUAAUUGAAAAUCUUUGUGGAGCAGAAAAAGAUAGGGGAUCCAAUUGGUGACAACCUAAAUGAGAAGCAUGCCAGUCCUUGUGAAGCACUCUGGUCGAUGGACGUACGAAAAGAAAUUCGAAGAAUAUGUCACUGAUGCUAUACUGUUGAGCACAUCAGCAACAUUCGUUGAGCUGCACGAUGUUUUGGCAUCUCACUUAAGUGUGGAUUUAACCAUCAAACGUAUUAUAGUGGAAUAUCAAAUCACUUCUAAUGCAGGACAGAUAGAAAUACAUAACGAUAUGAGUUUAAAGGUGUUUAUAUUGCAGAAAAAGCUGAUACAAGACAUGAAUUGUCUUUCUUUAUAUGUCAGCAUUUUGGAUAAAGAUGUAGAGAGAAACUUGGCAAGUUCAUCUAUAUAUGUUGCAGAAAGAGGAAUCAACUAUAACAACUUGGAAACAGUGAUAAAUACAACAAAUGAAGGAGCUUUGGUGGUUUGUGAAGAUACAGAAGCAUUAGAUGUUUUUGAGAUGGAUCCUGUAGAGGUGAUUAUCUCAGACCCACAUCACAAGCAUGUUGAGGAAGACCAGGUUUACUUGAGAAAAAGAAUUUUGAAGUCAGUCAUGAAGGACUAUUUAAUUAGGGAGAAGUUUCAAACGCGCAGUAAAAGGUCAAGUAAGAAAAUGUAUACAUUGUUUUGCAAAUCAAAAAACUGCGAGUUUUUAAUGCGUGCAUCAGGAAUGGGAGAAACAGGAAUGUUUAGAAUAAGAGAAUUCAGACCUCAACAUACAUACCCGGUGAAGGACAAGAUCUAUCCAAAGGUGUAUGCAACUAGUAUGCUGAUAGCUGAUAUGGUUAAACAGAAAUUCAAAAAUCAUAAACGAAAAUACAGUACGACGAAAAUAAAAAAUGACAUGAAGGAAGAUUUUGGUAUGAAUUUGACAUACACUUUAAGUUGGAGGGCCAAGGAAAGAGCGUUAGAAGAGUUGAAGGGUAAGCCAUCAACAUCUUAUGGGAAACUGCCAUCAUAUGUGCUGAAUACUACCUAUCUGGAGUCUCAUAUAAGAAUGAAGAAGAUAGAUGAUAAUGCGCUCUUGUAUGUAUUUAUCGCUCUACAUACAUUCAUUAAAGGAUUCGAUCAUUGUAGACCAGUCGUAGUUAUUGAUGCUAGUCAUCUGAGAGGAAUGUAUAUUGGGGCAUUUGUAACAACAUAUAUAACAGACGGAGUAGGUUAGUAUCAUUUAAUUAGUAUAACUGGUUGUAUUUUUUUUGUCUUUCUGCUGUUGACUUGAAAAAUACAUAUAUCCAGUUCAUAUAUA